AUCCGCCAGGCCACUAGCGCGCUGUGGGGUAAUGUACUGCGCACGCGCAUUUGACGCAUGUGCCAUCGAUGAUCGAUCUCUUUUCACUGAACGCCGUUUCUUUGCUGUGGGCUACAUUAUUUCUCUAUCUUCAACACAAUAAUCCUAGCAUAAUGGGCGAAGAAGUUGGUAAAAUCUUUGUUGGCGGUGUGGAACGCUCAACACAGCCAGAUACGUUCCGGCAAUACUUUGAGAAGUAUGGAAAGCUGAGCGAUUUCAUCUUAAUGAUGGACAAAGAACGUGGUGUGAACAAGGGCUUUGGCUUUGUGACCUUUGCCGAUCCAGGCUGCGUAGAAGCUGUUGUAUCUACGAAAAACCACAGGCUGGAUGGAAAAGAGCUUGAUUGUAAACGUUGCAAAGCCAGAGGAACUGAGACCAGACAGGGUCCUGGAGAUCAGCAAAGGAAGAAGAAGAUCUUUGUCGGAGGUAUUUCACAACAAGCCACCAAAGAGGAUUUAUUUGCUGUGUUUAGCAACUUUGGAACAGUCGAAGAUGUCCACAUUAUGAUCGACAAUGAAACCUUAAAGCACAGAGGCUUCGGCUUUGUGACGUUCGAAAGUGAAGAAGACGUAGACAAAUUGGUCCAAAUGCAACACGUGGAGCUGAAGGGGAAAUCGAUGGAGAUCAAGAAGGCCCAACCUAGGAACAAUCCAGGACAAGGUAGAAACUUUGGCGGUCAAGGCGGUGGUUUCCAACAACGUGGUGGCGGCGGCGGUGGUAACUGGAACCAAGGAGGCGGAUAUGGCGGCGGCAGCAACAACUACGGUGGCGGCAGCAACCAGUGGAACAUGGGCCAACCCAUGGGUCAAUUCGGUGGACAAGGUGGUGGGUACCAACAGCAAAGGGGUGCCGGCGGUGGUGGAUUUGGUGGCGCACAACAGCAGCAAGGCUUCAACAAUGGUUACAGGCAACCUCAGCAGCAACAAGGAAGCUAUGGGCAGCAACAACCACAACAGGCUUAUGGAGGUGCACCCAGCUAUGGUAAUUACGGAGGAUACCAACAAACCCAACAGGACCCAUACAGCCAACAACAACAGCAGCAGCAACCACAGCAACAGUAUCAAAACCAAGGAUCAAUGGGAAACUAUGCUCAAGAAGCUUCAACAUAUGGACCCCAGAGAGGAAACUACAACCAAGGGUAUAACCAAGCAACCCCACCGGCACAGCAACCCCCACAACAGAACUAUGGGCAGGUAGAGGGUGGACAAGACAUGUACGGUAGCAACAACUAUGGCAAGGGCAACGUGGGCAACCAGUUCCAUCCAUACAGUCGAUAAUCGUCUAACCAUGCUCCCGAAAGCUCGUGGGGACAGUCCUCGCAAUCACAUACAUGUUUUCUAUGUUUAAUAUUAAAGGUUUGUUUUCACUGCUGAUAUUUUCAAGACCCUGCUUGUAAAUUUUUCCCAUUAUUUGUAUCCAGUGCUAUCGUGUUGUUUGAGGGAGGGGGGGGGGGGGGGAUAAACUUGUCUUUGUUUGGCUUGCUUCCUUUUAAAGGUAAUCUCUGGCAAUUUUGUAGGUUUUCUGUGAAUUGUUAAAUAUUACUGCACAUUGUUAAGUGGUUGCUCUGGAUAGUGAAUUACAAUAUUUGACAUGUAAAUGAUUCGUAUCAAGAAAAUGACUAUACCUUACUCUGGUUCAGCUUUCCACAGUCGUAACACGUUCAAAUUAAUUAAGUUUUGACACAUAAUUGCAAGAAGAAAAUGAUGAUGCCUUGCCUGGUAGUUGCACAAGUUUUUAAGCUGCAGUUUUUUCUACAAUGGACUUUAGUAACACCUUCAAAUGAAUUGAAAUCAAGCAUUCCCUCUUGCUUAUAAAUAUAUUGAAGACAUGUCAAUUGGUGGAUUUUGAAAGGUGGAUUUCUCUGUAUAUAUUUUUUGAAACCACUGGUCAUUGGGUGUCUACGCUAUUGGCUUUGAAAGGUGGAAAUAAUACCAGUAAAAAAAUAGCAAAGAUUAUGUUGUGCGUAUGAGCGCUAGAGGAGUGUAAAUGUAAAUGUCAUGGAUCAUCGUAGAAAUCAUUAAAACACUUUUUAAUCCAAUUGUACAAAUACAAGGAAUAAUAUUUCAUGUUAAUACAUGCUAUAGAUUGCGUUUUUUUUUUUUUUUUUUGGGGGGGGCAUAUGUUUGCAUGCUUUGCUUGAUAGCUUUACACUCGGAAAUUCUGAUGAUUAUGGCUAUUAACUUUGUCACCUGUUUAGUUGAUAUUCAUUAAUCACGUAUGACUGCAACAGUCGAGUCACCCUUGAGUGUGAGAACAUUUUUAAUGUCUUUAGUACUGUAUUCUGCCUACAUAUUUUCAAUCAGCUAGAAUCUCAGGGCUAUUAUGUCAUAUACAAGUUUUUAACGAUUUCUGUCAAUGAGAAUUCAGUGAGGCAUUUUUUUUCUCCAGUAGAACAGAACAAUGCCUUCAUCAUAUAUUACAUGGAUUUGUACAAAUUCAUUUUUCAAUGUAAAUUCAACAUAUUUUGAUCAUUUUUUUUCUGCACAAUAAUUUUGAUGUUAGUUGGCCUGUCCAUAAACAUAUUAAAGUUAAUUUCUCUCAAGGUAAUCCUUAUAAUGACAUCUUUUGUUUAAUUUAUAUAUUGUUAAUAUUUUUUUAUAUUUUGCUUAACAAUUAAAAAAAGAAGAAGAUCAUUCCGUACAUUUUGAUAAUCAGACAUCUAUCUAUAACUCAAUUAUAUCAAGUCAUAAAAAUACUUCUUUGUUUAUUAGUGAUAUUUAUUGUUGGGGAAUCACAACCUGUUUUGUUGGUUAGUCGUUGCAGAAAGAGUUGCGAUCAAACGCAACUAAAAAAAUCUUGCGCAACUUGAUUUUCAGCCAAUGAAGCACCCGUAUUCGGGACUUGCGCUUGAUAUUUUGACUUGCGUUUAAACGCAAGUCUUUCUGCAACAGGCCCCUGUACUAUUGCAUUUCAUGUCUAAAUAUGAACUUCAUAUCAGUUGGGUGUAUCACAAAGAGUUGAGUAUGACUUAGAGUCUCACUUAAAUGUCCAGUUUCAUGCCGAAUAAAAGGCAUCACCGGAAAUUAUGCGAAGAGGACGCACGCAACUGCAUAUUAAUCACUGAGACUGCGCGUUACAUAAUCAUGUGCGCAUCAGCAAUUAAGCAUGACGCUAAUUCACACUUAAAUCUUUGUGAAACACCCCCCUGCUUUCAAUACACAGGAAAUGAUCUCGCCCUCUAGAUUCUAUUUUUUUUUCAGUAGCAGACACCUUGAUUCAUCAAAAUCUAUCAUUAUUUCUUUUAAGUUUGAAAGGAUAAUCCAACUCUGGUAAUAAAGUGAUUUGUAGAGGAGGAAAGAAGAGAAAUUAGAAAAACAGGAUAGUGAAAGUUUUCAAGAAAUUGGACUAGAAAUACGAAAGUUGGACUAAAAUUGAGAUCAGUUUGUGGCUUGUGGAUUGGAGCAUAUGAAGUUUGUGGUUUAUUAUUAUAUCACUCCCUCUCCUACAUCGUAAUGACAACAUAUAUAUGUAGCAAGUUGUAGAUCUCCACAGGUUUAGAGAUUUGACUUUGAAAAAUAAAUAACUUGUUUCUCCAAUUUUGUUCAGACCUUAACCUUUCUACUCAUCCACUUUUUCUCUUUCUUUUCUUCUGGAAUGACUUAUGAUUGAGUUUUGAUUCCCCAUGGAUAUUUUUACACUCUCUUGAUUGUUGAUUGCUACCUUUUCUCAUUGAUUUGUAUAUUCAACAGUUUUGUACUAAAAAAGAUAUGUAGAUUGUAAGGGAGGCUGGCAGAUAAAAGAUAAAUGAAAAAAAAACAGUUUGGUUCGCUCUGUAUGGAAGAGAAGAUGAAAGUCAGAUUCAGUUUUACUUAAUGUGAAUACAGUUCCUGUACCACUUAUCAGUUACGAUGAAGAUGAAUUUUUGUUCUAUAUUUUUGAAAGAGAUCAAUUGAUUAAAAGAUUCCACAUGUUUUUAGCUAACAA